CACCUCCAUCUGAUAUUUUGGGAAAUCCCCGGAUUAGCCAUAUCCGCUUUUCUAAUUCUCCAAUUCUGCUCCCCGCUCCGCCUCCCCAAUCUAGGGUUUCUGAUCUGAUUCCAUGCCCACCGGCUGGUCUCAGAAACCCUAAUCCUCGGAUUUUCGCGUUAGGGUUUUAUAUCAUCAGUCUCCAAUCGUCGGCAUCGUGACGGAUUAUAGUCAAACCCUAGCUGUUUCAGCAGCGGCGAUGAAGCACACGAAGAGGAUAAGGAAGAGGAAGAGCUCGGCGAAUCCGACGCGGAUCGCCAAGGAAGACGAAGAACAGAAGGUAAUCCGCGCGCUUACGGAGGUUUUCUCGUCGGUAUCGCUUGACGAUGCCAUUUAUGCGUAUCGCGAAGCCGAUGGCGACGCGAACAAGGCCGCGGAGAUUUUGGAACGGGCGGUGGCUGGAACUGAAAGUUCUGAAGAGCCGUUCACGAGCUCUACAACGGGUGGUGGAUCGGACGCGGGCUCGAGCUCGGGUUCGGGUUCGUCGGAAGGGUUUGAGUCGGGUUGUAUUCAGAAUUUGGUGAGCGAGAAGGGUUUUAGGGGUAAGCAGAAGAGGGUUGUGGCGGCCGCCGGAACGGUAUCGACGGUUUUGGGUAAAGAGUACGUGAGCUCGAUUCCCAGGAGGGGUCCAACGUUGUCAGAGAUGUCGAAGCGGAAGGGUUUUGGUAAUGGAGGUGCUGCAGGGGAAGAGGAAGCUGAGCAGUUUCUUUGUUCUAUGCUUGGAGAUGAGUCUGAUCUGAGCUUGGCGGUUGUUAGAGACGUCCUUUGUCAGUGUGAGUAUGAUGUUGAAAAGGCCUUGGAUGCAUUGCUUGAGGUUUCUUCUUCGUACGAACAGUCCUGUAGUAGGUCUGACUAUAGUAUGUUUUUUAAGGAAGAUAGUAGACAUCCCUUCGAACAGUCUGAUGCUUUGACAGAUAGGGCAUCUGAGUGCACUUCUCAUUCAUCUGAAUAUGAGCAGGAUAAUAUAUGGAAUUAUGGGAAGGUACUCACUAAUUCUGAAGCUCAUUCUCCUGUUAGCCCCAAAAGUACCCCGGCAGAUCUCCCUCAAAAGGUGUUGGAAUCUUUGUUUAACAUCUCCAAGAGUCCUGAAUAUGAACCAAAAACCAUGAAUUGGAAGAAUGUUGCAACUAAAUUGCAGUCAUUGGCACCUGGGUAUAAUGUUUGCACUUCUGGCGCAGCAGAAGCACAGCAGGACACUUAUGUUAAAGGAGAUGAAUAUCAUGCAUUCAGAGGAACUGCAAAGGAGCACUGGGAUUCAAUGAGGUCCUAUUAUCAGAAAGCUGCAACGGCAUAUUCAAGAGGAGCACGGGAACAUGCAGGUUACCUCGCUGAGCAGGGGAGGAUACAAACUAAAUUGGCACAAGUGGCUGAUGAAAGGGCAAGCCAGGAAAUCUUUAAAGCUAGAAACAAGGGCAUAGAAAAUGUGAUAACAAUUGAUUUGCAUGGGCAACAUGUCAAACAAGCCAUGAAACUUUUAAAAAUGCAUCUACUGUUUGGGACGUAUGCACAAUCGGUUCAAUUCCUCAGGGUUAUCACAGGGUACGGGUCACAUGAUUAUGGAAAGUCAAAGCUGAAGCAAUCGGUCAUCGAACUUGUUGAGAAUGAAGGUAUUCAAUGGAGUGAAGAGAAUCGAGGAGCGGUAUUAAUCAAGCUAGGUUCACAUAGAGAGUUCAGCUUUCUGGAUGCGGAGAGUGAUCCCGAGUAACCUCCUUUAGCAUGGUUACCAGGCAUGAUCCCUUUUCAGAGUUACUGAAUUAAAUUACCUCAAAAACUAGUUUGUAAAACCCACCACAGGUUGUGUUUCUGGUCAAUGUUGUUGUCAGUCAAUAGGGAGGUAAAGUGUAGUUGCCUUAAUGUUGUGUUGGAGGUCAGGUUAACAGAUGUUCAUAUUUAUCUCUUUUCUCUAGGUUGCUAAAUUACUUAGACGCCUUCAUUGAAGAAACUAGCUCAGCUCAAGUUGCUCGUUGUACUUACUGUGUGUAGGGCAUGUAUAUAACUUGAGAAACUGUGUAAAUUUAACCGAGUUGACAAUGACCUGAAACUGAAACAGUUUGAUCAUAACAUGCAUCAUCGUUUGAUACUGUU